AUGUCCGGCGUGUCUUCAGCCCAGAAUCUCAGAGAGUUCAUCAGCGAGCGGCUGACUGCCGCCGCGGAGGAAAUCUUCUCGGUCUUCCAGAGAACCAUCGCCCAGUACGAGGAAGAGCUGGACCGCCAGCGCAGACUGCUGGACGGCGGCUGGAGACCGGACAGCGGCUUCCAGAGAGCAGACCCGCCGCUGCAGCCAUUUCCCUACAUGGACGAGCAGAACCUCCAGAUCCAGAACCGCAGCCUGGACCUGGAGGAACCAGAACUUCUACAGGUGAAAGAGGAAGACGAGGAGCUGCGCAUCAGCCCGGAGGAAGAGCAGCCGGUUCUGAAGCAGGAGGCCGACACGCUCACUGCGGCUUUGACUUACGAAGGACCCGGAACCGAACCGGAACCUGGCCGGGACUGCUUUCCGCCAGGCGAGAGCCACGACCGGCCCAAACGCUUCGAACCGGCCAGGAAGCCGGAUCAGAACCGCAGCAGGGCUGAGCGAUCCAGCUGGACUCAGAAGUGUGACGUUUGCGGCAAAGUGUUCAACAAAGCGUCGGAGCUGCGCGCGCAUUACCGCAUCCACACCGGGGAGAAACCGUUCUGCUGCCCCACCUGUCAGAAAUCCUUCACCUUCAAGUCCAACCUGCGGGUCCACCUGCGCACGCACACCAACGAGGCGCCGUUCUCCUGCCAGACCUGCGGCAAGCUCUUCAAGCACCGCAGCAGCCUGAUGGUGCACUGCCGCAGCCACACCGGGGAGAGACCGUACGCCUGUGCCGCCUGUGGGAAGCGAUUCACAGACAAGUCCUCACUCAAGCAGCACUCGGUCACACACACAGGCCACAGGAUGUACUCAUGUGCGCUGUGUGGGCGGGGCUUCAAUAGGAGCAGCUACCUGCUGCAGCACAUGAAGGUCCACACGCCAGAGAGUUUCUCAACAUGA